AGAACAAAAAAUAUCAGUAAUAAAUUAAUUAGAUGAUGAGAUUUCAUUUAUCCCAGAAGCAGGAAACCCUGCUACAAAUGAAAACAGACCACUACAAGCACAAUUACCACCAUUGUUUCAGCAAUACAACAACGAAAAAGUUGGCAGAAAAUGACCCAGUUUUGACAGGGGCCACCUUUCUUUCCUUCCCAGAAGAAAGAAGAGCAGAGUUGAGAAACUUUUUUAAUCGCGUUUUGACCAGAAAAUUCUGCAUAGUAAAGGGGGUUGACUGAAUAUGUUGAAGCCUUCCAGCACAGGAGAAGUACGUGGAGGUCCAACUGUCGAUCCUGUUUGUAAUCUUCUCAACUAGAGAAGCACAAUCCUCAUCACGAGCCUCUUUGUGAUGAGGGGACUGGUAUCUCACUGGCAUUAGACCAAGUUUAACCCCAAUAUACUACUGAAUAUCAGAAAAACAUAUGCUUAGAAAUACCAGAGGAAAUCAGCUCGCUUUUGGCACUAUUCAGCUGGAGGCCAGAAAGUUCAUAAAAUUACUUUUAUCUAGAGUGAAUGGCCAUGAUGGAGUCUUUUGCGCCCUUGGAAAAAAUAAGCAGAUUAUAUGCAAAACUCAAGUGAGUAAGACCAACCCUAUGGCAUCGUGGAUGGUAUUUGAAAAAUUCCCUGCGCAGCUGCUGAGUUUAGAAGUUGGGAUAACACCUGCCUUGCAAUAACAAAUAAGUAUGGGGGGCUGGGGGUCUCCUUGCCUGACACCUGUAGCACCUAAGAAAUAUCCAACCAGACCACCAUUAAUGGACAGGGGACAUAGGAGUUGUGACAGCUGUGAACUCAGUGAAUGAAGACCACCAUUAAGACCUUUCAUAAUGUAAACUACCAUACAUAAAACAACUCUCUUUUUUUAAAAUAAAUAAAUUAUCUUGUGUAAUUACAAUGACAUUCACAUUUCCUAAGCUUCUCUAAUUGAUCACUCUAGAAGAAACUCAUUUUAAUUUACAUAUAUCCUUAAGAGGUUUUAAGUAAUCAUGAUAUAGAUUAUGUAGAGAGAAUGUAUGAUACAAAAAGUUUUGAUGUGUUUUAUUGUACUAUAUAUUUAUAUAAAUGUUUCAAUCCAUUUAUCAAAUUCUCUACCUAAAACACAGUUUUAAUUAACCUGCUGAUUAUCUUCGGAGAUCUUCUUCAUCCAUGGCUGAUUGCACCAAGCUUCACAUAGCCAUGUUCCCAUGGCUAGCCUUUGGUCACAUGAUCCCAUACCUAGAACUUGCCAAGCUCAUAGCCCAAAAGGGUCACAAAAUCUCCUUCAUAUCCACCCCAAGAAACGUCGACCGUCUCCCGAAACUCCCUCCAAAUGUAGCAUCUUCAAUACAAUUUGUAAAACUCCCUCAGCCUCACGUUGAAAAUCUUCCUGAGAACGCUGAGGCCACCAUUGAUCUUCCUUACGAAAAGGUCUCUUACUUGAAAAUAGCCUUCGAUGGUCUUCAAGAUUCCUUGGCAAAGUUUCUUGUAACAUCAUCCGCAGAUUGGCUACUUUUCGAUUUUGUUCCAUACUGGCUACCUCCUUUAGCCCAUAACCUCGGCAUCCCUAACGCAUACUUUACCAUAUUCAAUGCGGUAAGUCUUAACACAGUUAAGCCGCCUUCUUCUUUCAUUGAUAUUCAAGAUGAUCGUAAGAAACCAGAGGAUUUCACCAAGCCACCCAAAUGGGUUCCUUUUCCGUCCUCCGUAGCAUGUCGGCUUUUCGAGAUAUUGAGAAUCUUCGAUUCUAUAGCGGGAGGUUCCCACACCUCAGAUCUCUACCGUUUUGGUAAAGCAAUUGAACGCUCCGAUGCAAUAGCUGUAAGAAGCUGUUGGGAGUUUGAGACCGAGUACUUGAAUCUUUUAAAGGAACUUCACCAGAAAGCUGUUAUUCCAGUUGGUCUGCUUCCACCGACUGCUUAUAAUAAUGGAAAUCAUGACGAUGAAAUCUGGAAACCAAUAAAAGAAUGGCUAGACAAGCAACAACCAGGGAGUGUGGUUUAUGUUGCUUUUGGCAGCGAGGCGAAACCAAGUCAAGAAGAAGUGACUGAGAUAGCUCUAGGAUUAGAGUUAUCAGGGUUACCUUUCUUUUGGGUGCUAAUGACUCGACGAGGGGUGUCAGAUAAUGAGUCCAUUGAGUUACCAGAUGGGUUCGAGGAGCGAACAGUAGGGCGUGGUGUGGUUUGCACGAGUUGGGGUCCUCAACUGAAGAUUUUAGCUCAUGACUUGGUCGGUGGAUUCUUGAGUCACGCUGGGUGGGGCUCUGUUGUGGAGGCAAUUGAGUUGGAAAGAGCUCUUAUACUGUUGACGUUCUUGGCUGAUCAAGGGUUAAAUGCUAGAGUUAUGGAAGAGAAAAAAAUGGGUUAUGUAAUACCGAGGAAUGAAGAUGAUGGAACGUUCACCAGAGACUCGGUGGCUGAGUCACUUAGGUUGGUGAUGGUGGAGGAAGAGGGUAAAAUUUACAGGGCCAAAGCCAAGGAAAUGAAGGAGAUAUUUGGGGACUGGGAGAAACAAGAAUGCUACAUUGAUCAAUUACUGAGUUUCCUUGUCACCAAUAAGAAUCUAAUCAAAGGCAGCAGAAUGGAAGAAUAAGCAGCUCUGGGUCCUCUUAGCUUGU